GAGAGAAGGUUGAACAUUCAAAGCUGAGGACAUUACAGAUCUCAACGACUGUUACAGACCGUCACACUAAUCUGUUUGUUCCCUUUAUGAUGAACACAGUAGUUAGGUCUUCCUUGGUUCUGCGUGCUAGAACACUGCCACUUUCAUUACCAACUACUAAAUCAAAUUUCAUUAAUUUAUCUCAAAGUUUUCGCCCCGUUCAUUCAAUUAGACAAUUUCAUAAAUCCAUCCAUGUCAUUUCAUUACCGGUAACAACCCGAAAGUCAUACAUUUAUCUUCAACAUAACUCGUCACUUCUUCUGAAGGCUCAGAUUAACUCGAUCCCCUGGGCUAUCAAACUUGAAAAUAAGGCCACCGGUCUUGCCACCAAGGCUUGGACUAAAUUAAAUGAAUCUAAUCUUCUGGUUAAUCGUAAGAUUGUUCAAUUUGUGAAAAAAUUACUAGAUACUAUUCCUUAUGAAGAAAAUUGUCUCAAGUCAUUCCCUUCACAAAGUUCGAUGAUUCGUGAAGUCAAUGAGGAAACUCUUGAUGAGUCUCUUGAAAAUGUAUCAAGUACUUCUACUUCCCUUCCACCGGCUGUACUUCCUCAUGAAAUUGAAACACAUAACAUUCCUCAUACUCAACUUAAACCAAUCCCAUUGUAUCAUCCAUCAUUCCAACGUCCAACUGUCAUUCUCAAUCAACUUCAUGACUUCCGAGAUGAAGCAAGGGCAAAACAUUUGAAAUAUGCUCUUUUAUGUGGGGUAGGUGUACCGCUUUCACUCCCCUUUGCCCUUUUACCGGUGGUUCCAAACGUUCCAGGACUUUAUCUUUCCUACCGUCUUUAUUGUAACAUCAAGGCUUUACUUGGUGUCAAGCAUUUAGACUAUUUAUUAGAAUCAACCGGAGAACAAAGUAAUCUUCAAAAUACAAACCAUAUUUCAUUUGAAACUGAAUCGAAAUUAGAUGAAAUCUACAAACUUGGGAACACUUCAAAGGAACUUCUUGUUAAUAGUGUCCAAGAAGAAGAACGCCUUGUUAUAACUCGUGAAAUCAUUGAAAAAUUGUGCCUGGAUUUAGACUUGGCCCAUUUGAAAGAAGAUCUUUACAAGGCUAUGCGUCAAGAAGGUCAUCGUUUAGGAAAGACGAUAAAAAUUACUGAAGAAGUUGAGUAGAAACCUACGUUGUACAUAAAUAGCCAAUACCAAAGUAAAUAUUUGUUUCUACCUUUAAAAAAAAUUAACUUCAUA